GGACGUUUCUGCGGUUCCGGCUGUAGUUGGCGCGAACGUGUACAGCAGCCAGAGACAAAGAGCAUCUUGCACUCGUCAAUGUGGAAGCUCCGUUCGUGGUGAUCGGUUAUUUGUAGGUGUAUAAUUAUUACUCACUGACUCGGCAUGGCAGAUAAAGAAGCUGCUUUUGAUGAUGCGGUUGAGGAGCGGGUGAUCAAUGAGGAGUACAAGAUAUGGAAGAAAAACACGCCGUUCCUCUACGACCUGGUGAUGACCCACGCACUCGAGUGGCCGAGUCUCACCGCGCAAUGGCUCCCUGAUGUCACCAGGCCUGAGGGGAAAGACUACAGUGUCCAUCGGCUGGUUCUCGGCACCCACACCUCUGAUGAGCAAAACCACCUGGUCAUUGCCAGCGUUCAGCUGCCAAAUGAUGAUACCCAGUUUGAUGCCUCACAUUACGACAGUGAAAAAGGAGAGUUUGGUGGCUUUGGAUCAGUGAGUGGCAAGAUUGAGAUUGAGAUCAAGAUUAACCAUGAAGGAGAAGUGAACCGGGCCCGCUACAUGCCUCAAAACCCCUGCAUCAUUGCCACCAAGACUCCAACCAGUGAUGUGCUGGUCUUUGAUUACACCAAACACCCAUCCAAACCAGACCCCUCUGGAGAAUGCACUCCUGACCUGCGAUUGAGAGGACAUCAGAAAGAGGGCUAUGGUCUGUCAUGGAACCCCAACUUAAGUGGCUGCCUCCUCAGUGCCUCUGAUGAUCAUACGAUCUGUCUGUGGGAUAUCAGCACAGUACCCAAGGAAGGGAAAAUAGUCGAUGCUAAGACCAUUUUCACUGGUCACACUGCUGUGGUGGAGGAUGUGUCCUGGCACCUUCUGCAUGAAUCGCUCUUUGGAUCAGUAGCAGAUGACCAGAAACUGAUGAUUUGGGAUACACGCUCUAAUAACACAUCCAAGCCCAGUCAUGCAGUAGAUGCACACACUGCAGAGGUCAAUUGCCUCUCAUUCAAUCCUUACAGUGAGUUCAUCCUGGCUACUGGAUCUGCUGACAAGACUGUUGCCUUGUGGGAUCUCAGGAACCUUAAGUUGAAGCUGCAUUCCUUUGAGUCACACAAAGAUGAAAUAUUCCAGGUUCAGUGGUCACCUCAUAACGAGACCAUCCUGGCCUCUAGUGGAACAGACAGACGUCUCAAUGUUUGGGAUCUCAGUAAAAUUGGUGAGGAGCAGUCACCAGAAGAUGCAGAAGAUGGACCUCCUGAAUUACUGUUCAUCCAUGGUGGGCACACAGCAAAGAUCUCAGACUUCUCCUGGAACCCCAAUGAGCCAUGGGUGAUCUGCUCUGUGUCUGAGGACAACAUCAUGCAAGUCUGGCAGAUGGCAGAGAACAUCUACAAUGAUGAGGACCCUGAAGGAGCAGCAGACACAGAGGUCCAGGGAUAAAAAAAAAAACAUUGUAGAACUUUGAGCAUCCACCACGCCUCACUGUCUCACAUGACCAUGCUCACCAGUUUUCUGAAGGGGUGAACUGCAUUGGUUGCAUCUUCAGUCACUCUCAUAAUACUCAAAAUGAAGUUUCUUGAGAGAAAGAGAAGUGAAUUAAAAAUGUUCUCUUUAAUAUGAAAAGUGUAUUUUUCUAAGAGAAAUUGGUUGCUCUUAAUUUUCAAUACGGCUUAUUAAGCUCCCAUCCUUUCUUUUUCUUCUAAUGUUUAUCCCAUAGCCUUUACAUUCUAAGGGCUUGUCUUGGCUAAAAGGAUGUAAAAUUGAACCCAAAUGAUGCUUAUGCCCACAUACCUAAUUACCAUAGUCAAAUUGUGGUGGAUGUCAGUAGGUUACUUAUUUUAGAUUUAUUUUUACAUGGCUGAAAUUUGAGUCAUUCAAGCAAAUGUUAUCAAGGGUCCACAUGGAGACUUGUGUACUCUUCGUUUUGUACUUUUCCUCAACAAUGGUCUGUCAUGUUAUUGUCUUUAAUAUUCUAAAUCAUUUUGUGUUUUUCAGUCUCUUUCUUUAUGUCCACACUGUUGUACAGAACAUUGAGAAUAAACUGUUUUUCAUUGAAA